AUGGGUUCCUCCGAUAAUUCGUCGACGACGAAUGCGCCAACGACCCCUUCCCUCCCGGCGGACUUCUCGACAACGCCGCACGUUGUCGACUUGAGCGCGGUGCCGAUUUUCAACGGGGAGCACUUCUCCUCGUGGCGCUUCAAGCUCAAGGUGUAUAUGAUGGAGCGCGACUUGUGGGGCUUCUUCGAUGGGUCGGCAUCGAAGCCCACGUCGGACGCUUCAACCGCGGAGAAGGAAGCGUGGGUGCGAAAGGACAAACAGGCGUUUGCCUUUCUUGUCUCCAAGCUAAGCCUCCAACUCGUCCCGAUCGUGAGUCCGUGCAUCGACCAUGACGGCGUGACUCGUGAAGCGUGGAAGCGACUCGAAGGAGAGCACGUCUCCAAGUCGCUUCAUAGCAAGCUUCAAGCGCGCCUCGACUUCUUCACGGUGCGGAUGAGGGACGGCGAGUCAAUGCGCGCGUACGUCAACCGCGUGGAGGAGCUUGGCGAGCGUUUGGUGGAACUCGACGCGAGCGUGGAGGACAACGAUUGGAUCAUGACGCUCCUCGCGGGCCUCGGCGAAGCAUGGUCAACGGUGAUUACGAUGUUGGAUGGGACGCAAGACACGUGGAAGAAGGAGCAAGUGGUGGCACGCCUCAUCAACGAAGAGGCGAGGCGCACGAAAUUGCAUGGCGAUGCAAUUGGCGCGGCACACUUCUCCCGCGAUGCGAAGGCGAAAGGGACGGAUCACUUCAAGCGGCGCAACGAUGGCAACAACCGCGGGAGCUCGAGCGGGAGCGCGGCAACCUCAAGCUCAUCACGAGGAGGACCGGCCAACGCCAAUCGAGCUCGGACGCACAACGGAGCUUGUCGUUUUUGCAAGAAGACCGGACAUUGGUGGCGCGAAUGUCCCGUCAAGCCGGCGAAUUGGAAGCCGUCUUCAAGUGACGACAACCGGCGCGCGCAUGUGGCGACAUGCGACAACAACGACCGGGAGUUCGUCUUCGUCGCAAGUUGA